AUGGCUACUCCUACUGUACUUACUUUCGAUGCUGAGGGCCGUCCAGUGAAGUUCGAAACCUGGCUCGAUGACCUCCACCUCUUUCUACAGCUCACUGCUAAGGAGGACGUUUCACUGUACGAUCACGCCCUAGGCAACGCUACUGCCCCUCCUACCACUGCUGACAGCACUCAGCGCUCACAGUGGCAGACUCGUGACGCCCACGCUCGCUUCGCUAUUCGUAACUCCCUACCGAUCGACGAGCGCGAGCACUUUGGCCAGCACAAAACUGCUAAGGACCUGUACACUGCUGUAGUCGCUCGCUACUCCUCCCCCGCUUCUGCCACACUAGGCCGCCUCACUCUCCCCUACCUGUUCCCCGACCUGGCCUCCUUUCAGACAGUUGCUGACCUCAUCACCCACCUUAAGACCAGUGAGGCCCGCUUUCGCGCUGCUAUGCCUGACGAGUUCCUCACCAGCAACCCCCCCCCGCUCUGGAUCACUCUCUACCACAUAGUCACCCGCCUCCCUGACUCUCUGCGCACAGUCAGGGACCACUUCCUCUCUCGCUCCCCCACUAAACUCACCGUUGCCCUCCUCGAGAAGGAACUGCUUGCAGCUGAGGCGAGCAUCGUCGCUGUAGGCACCUCUCGUGGCGACCCCCGCACCCCGUUCUUUGAGGGGUGUUCCCCUUCCCCUCUCCUCCCCUCUGUCGCCUCUGCUGCUGCUGUCGACCUCCUUGGUGCUGAGAAGGUCGGGGCCGCGUCUGCUUCGAGCGGGCGCCGCAAGAGCAAAGGGGGCAAGGGUGGAGGUGGCGGCGGAGGAGGUGGGGGUGGAGGCGGUGGGAGUGGAGGAGCGGCUGGGGAGGCUAGUGGCGGCAGUGGGGGUGGUGACAGCAGCGGCGGGAGUGGCGGCAGGGGUGGAGGCGGCAGCGGAGGCGGAGGUGGUCGUGGCAGCGGCAGGGGUGGAGGUGGCCGAGGCGGUGGCGGCGGCAGUGGUGGUCGUGGAGGCGCUGGCGGUGGCCAGAGUCAGCAGCCCGCCCCGUCGCUUCAGGCCGCCCGUGAGUGGUAUGCGCAGCGUGGCUUUACCUGCACGUACGUCAUUCGCACUGGUGACCGCACUGGCCAGCAGUGUGGGAGGCCGCAUCCCACACAGCGCUGUUUCGCGCGCCUUACUGACGCGUGGCGUGCCCAGUUUCCUGAUGCCACUGAGCUGCCCCGCUGGGCUGAUCUGGAGAAGAAGGGAGUUGAUAUCUGGGCUUUAGACUUUGAUGCUAUUCUCACUGCCAUGUAUGCGAUGUUUACUAGUGGAGAGGGUGCUCAGUACUUGCGUGUUCCGCCCGACCCGGGCAUUCAGACCAGUCCGGCUGCCGCUCUAGGUGCUAGUGAGUCUGCUGCCCCAGGUCCUGGUGAGGCUGCUGCUCUAGGUGCUAGUGAGUCCGUGCCCUCUGGUACUGAGUCGACUGCAGCACUGCACACCUUCACACUGGACUCAGGUGCUUCUCGCUGUUUCUUUCGUGACCGCACUGUCCUUGAGCCGCUUGCUCGGCCAGUUGCUGUCUCCCUCGCUGACCCCUCUGGGGGUCCGGUCGUUGCGACCUCCUCCACUGUCCUUCCUUGUCCUGCGGUCCCGUCAGGCACACUGUCAGGUCUCUACCUCCCCUCGUUCUCUACGAACUUGGUGGCAGGUAGUGCGCUCCAGGACGGGGGUGUUCACCAGUUCACCCCUGCUUACGAGCGCGUGACGCACUGCACGUGUGCUCGGACGGGCCGUCACCUGGCUACCUUCACUCGGCAGCCGGGGUCGGACCUGUACACACUGACCACUGAGUCCCCUCAGGUAGCUGCGUCCGCGUCUGCGUCUGCGUCAGGUCAGCUGUCCGCCCCCUGCUCGUGUCGCUCUCUGGCGCAUGAGACUGUCCUCUGGCACCACCGCCUUGGUCACCCGUCUGUGCAGCGCCUUCGGGCCAUGCACAAACGGGACCUUGUUGCUGGUCUUCCCAGGGUUCUCCCUCCCCUCCCACCCUCGCCUGCUCCUCCCUGUCUUCCCUGUGUCGAGGGGCGGCAGCGCGCCGCUCCUCACUCCUCCUCCUUUCCCCCGACGACUGCUCCUUUGCAGACGCUCCACAUGGACGUGUGGGGCCCAGCCCGCGUCCGUGGUCAGGGUCAGGAGAGGUACUUCCUGAUUGUUGUUGACGACUUCUCGCGCUACACCACGGUCUUCCCCUUGCGCACCAAGGGUGAGGUCCCUGAUGUCUUGAUCCCCUGGAUCCGCAGAUCUCGUCUCCAGCUCAGUGAGCGUUUCCGCUCCGACUUCCCUGUCCUGCGUCUGCACUCUGACAGAGGUGGGGAGUUUUCCUCUGGCCUCUUGGAGGCCUUCUGUCAGCAGGAGGGCAUUGAGCAGUCGUUCACGCUUCCGGCCUCUCCACAGCAGAAUGGGGUUGCUGAGCGCCGCAUUGGCUUGGUCAUGGAGGUAGCUCGUACCUCCUUGGUUCAUGCGGCUGCCCCCCACUUUCUGUGGCCGUUUGCGGUCCGAUACGCUGCGCAUCAGCUCAACCUCUGGCCCCGUGUCUCCCUACCGGAGACUUCUCCGACACUGCGUUGGACGGGAGAGGCUGGCGAUGCGUCGCGUUUUCGGGUCUGGGGAUCCCGAGCUUUUGUUCGCGACACGUCCGCGGACAAGCUCUCCCGUCGCGCUGUCCCCUGUGUCUUCCUUGGCUUUGUCCCGGACGCGCCUGGUUGGCAGUUCUACCACGCCACCUCGCGUCGUGUCCUGGCCUCUCAGGACGUCACUUUUGACGAGUCCGUCCCCUACUACCGCCUCUUCCCCUACCGCACUGCUCCGCUCCCCCCCCCGCCUCUCUUCCUCGCUCCAGGUGCUGAGGUACCAGACCCCCUCCCCCCUCAGGGUGCCGCUCCCUCAGGUGUGUCCCAGGUAGACCCGGGUGAGCCUGUCGAGGUGGCUGUCGACUCUCGUCCUGCUGGGGGUGCUGAGCCUGGGGGUGCUGCGUCUCGGAGUGCUGAGCCUGGGAGUGCUGAGUCUGGAGGUGCGGAGCCUGGGGGUGCUGAGCAUGGAGGUGCGGAGCCUGGGGGUGCUGAGCCUGGAGGUGCUGAGUCUGGGGGUGCUGAGCCUGGAGGUGCUGAGCCUGGGGGUGCAGAGCCUGAGCGUGCUACACCUGGAGGAGCCCUCUCCUCCCGGCAGCUGCAGGAGAGGUACCUACAGUACUGCCGCCUCCGGAGAGGUGCUACUGGAGCUCGUACCAGUACUUCCCCUCCUGCCCAGGAGCUCCCCCCCAUUCAGCAGAUCCGAGAGUGGUACACGCGGCGCUGCAGUCUUCGGAGUGGUGCUCCUGGUGCUGCGGACCCUGGGGGUGGCGCUGCUACUGGUGCUGAGGACCUGGGCGUUGGAGCUGCUGCUGGUGCUGAGGACCCGAGCGGUGGCGCUGCUGCUGGUGCUGCGGACCCGGGCGUUGGAGCUGCUGCUGGUGCUGCGGACCCGAGCGGUGGCGCUGCUGCUGGUGCUGAGGACCCGGGCGUUGGAGCUACUGCUGGUGCUGAGGACCCGGCCGGUGGAGCUGCUGCUGGUGCUGAGGACCCGAGCGGUGGAGCUGCUGCUGGUGCUGAGGACCCGGACGUUGGAGCUGCUGCUGGUGCUGAGGACCCUGCCACUGGUGUCUCUGCUGGUUCUGGAGACGCUGCGCGGCCGCGACCGUACUUCGUACCACUUCUUCAGCAGGUUCUUGGUCAGGCUCCUCCUCCUUGUCCUCCUCCCUCCGUAGAGUGUCCUCCGCCUGUCCAGUCGCAGUCACAGUUCCCGCCUGCCUCGCCUCUCCCUGGUCCCUCUCCUUACACUGGUCCCACAGGAGGUCUUACAGAGCGUCGUGAGCCUGAGUCUCGUCCUGCGUCGCCUGUUCGUACUGCUCGCACUGGUCGUCGUGUCCCACGUGAGCGUCCUCCUCCUGUCCCUGGCACUCACUACAUGACUCUGCGUCCCUCCACUGCUCCUCAGCGUGUUCCGCUGCCGUCUCCUCCUGCGUCCUCUCUGCCUACUCUUCCUGAUCCGGAGUCUGACUCCCGUCGUGCUGCCAGUCCCACUGUCACCCGUCUCCUCGCUACUGUUGUCACUGACCCUACCUUUGAGUCCUCUGCUGCGUCUGCUCUGGUCGCUGAGUUGAUAGACUUUGCUGCCCGGUGUCGUCUAGACUACGCCACUAGCCUUGUUGCUGAGUCUGAGUCUGAGUCUGUCUGUCCUCCGUCCGUCGGGGGUGAGUGUGCUCUUGGCACGGACGUCCUUGAGGACAGACAGGAGGAGUUCCAGUGCUUUGCUGCUGCUUUACCCCACCUCGUGUCCAUGCUAGUUGCCCCUGAGGGAGACCCGGAUGCACCAGACAUGGCUUGCCGUUUUUCUUCUACCAGGUAA